CACAUUAAUUUUGAGUCAAAAGUGGGCGUGGAUAGAUAUCUGGGAUCUAAAUAAACACCUAAGAUUCUUCAGCAUCCAUUCCAUUCAGCCCCUGAGCACUAUUAUACAAUGGCUGUGAGUAUAGAAGCUGAAACUCAUGUGGGCAUGUCUUUUGGGCCUGGAAUGUUCACUGAUGAAGAGUUUGAGAAGGUGGCCCAUGAAGUGCUCCAACCUGACAUCACUGAAUACGAGUACUUUGUGGAGAGCCAUGGCACUAAGUUUUAUCGCAAAUAUAUUGAGGAUGCAGGAUUGUACGAGUACAAGAUCCAUGGUGUGAUGGAGGACAUGGACCCUGAACUGUGUGCACAAGUCUACGUGGACUGGGAGUACAGGAAGAAAUGGGAUAACUACACAAUGGACCUCCAUCUUGUUCGUAAUGAGUCUACGGAUGUGGAUGGUCUCUACUGGUGUGUGGACUAUCCCUGGCCAAUGUCUGACAGAGAUUACACAUUUAUCAGAGAUAUGAAGAUAAUGGAGAUUGGUGGCAAGAAGACGUGGGUGGUCUUAGCCAAGUUCUAUGAGUUUCCCUGUAAACCUGAAAAGAACGGUGUCAUUCGUGUCACUGAGCUCAAGCAGGCCUGUGUCAUGCAGAGUGAUGGAAAGGUCGGUGCAAAAGCUUUCAUGUACUACUAUGACAACCCUAAAGGAAUGAUACCAACGUGGCUGAUCAAUUGGGCUGCUAAGACUGGAGUGCCAAUGUUCAUGAGCAACAUGAAGGAUGCAGUCUCACGCUACAAAAACUUCUUGGAGGAAAAACGAAAAGAGUUAGGUCUGGAACAACUCAACAACGAAGAGAGAUUAAAAAACCUCUACAAAGUGAAGUAGAUUAUAAUAAUAUAUAACAAUAGUUUUGCAGGUCUAUUUUUAUAGCAAUUUGACAGUUCAGAUAAUACGUACAAUGUCAUGUAUAAACUGUAUGCCACACAGUCAGUACUUACUGAAUUAAAAUGUGAACAUCAA